AGGUUGCGUCAUGACUAUAAAUACAAAACCAGCAACCAGUUCUUGGGUUAUUGAGGCAUACCCACUUGACUCUCCGGAAAAUCAACGCCGAGGCACAUACCUUCACCCGACCUAUUCGACGUGAUGGUUCUAACGAGUAUCCUCGACUUGUCGAAUGCGAUCUUGAAAAAGAGGGAUAUACCUGGGUGAGGCAAUAGCAAAUUUUGCCAACAAGUCCUCGAACCCAAUAUUCUCUCCUAUCUCACAGGUUCGGCGGCGGAGAUGUCUCUUUCAUUAUUGUAGCAAGCGGCAUGGUAUUUUUCAUGAUACCCGGUCUCUCUUUUCUAUAUUCUGGUUUGUCCAGAAGAAAGUCCGCAUUGUCGCUCAUCUGGGCAGUUUCUGCCAGCAAUGCGGUCUGUAUCUUUCAGUGGUACUUUUGGGGUUACUCCUUAGCGUUUUCGCCAACUGCAACUAAUGGAUUCAUGGGCAACUUUGCGAACUUUGGCCUGAUCGACGUUCUUGGCGGCCCGUCCCCGGGUUCCCCUCUAAUUCCUGCGCUGUUGUACGCAUUAUAUCAGAUGGAAUUCGCAUGCGUCACGGUAGGAAUACUGGUGGGCGGUAUCUCUGAGCGAGGCCGAUUACUCCCAGCUAUGGUCAUCACAUUUUUAUGGAUGACCUUAGUUUAUUGCCCCCUCGCUUGCUGGGCGUGGAAUAUAAACGGCUGGGGUUUUAAAUUCGGCGUUCUUGAUUUUGCAGGUGGAGGCCCCGUAGAGAUCGGAAGCGGGGUAGGAGGUCUUGCCUAUGCCUGGGUGCUUGGUCGCAGACAGGACAAGGACCUCCAGAACUUCAGACCACACAAUGUUGCCAUGGUGAACCUGGGCACAUUUAUCCUCUGGUUUGGCUGGCUUGGUUUCAAUGGUGGUAGCGCUUUUGGGGCAAACUUGCGCGCUGUCAUGGCAAUGUGGAACUCUAUGAUUGCUGCUGCGUUUGGCGGUAUCGUUUGGUGCCUCAUCGACUACCGCCUGGAGCGCAAGUAUAGCAUGGUCGGAUUCUGCUCAGGAACCAUUGCUGGUCUCGUCGCGGCCACGCCUGCUUCAGGAUAUAUCCAACCGUGGGCAGCAGUCAUUAUGGGCGUGGUCACCGGCGCUGUGUGUAAUUACGCAACGAAACUCAAAUUCCUUCUCAACGUGGAUGAUUCACUGGAUCUUUUUGCCGAGCACGCCAUUGGCGGGAUCUUGGGUCUCAUGACGAACGCAUUUUUCGCUACCCGUUCCGUUAUCGCCCUAGACGGCGUUAACACAAGUGUCAUUGGUGGUUGGGUCGACAACAAUUGGAAGCAGCUUUAUAUUCAGUUCGCCUAUAUCCUCGCGACAUGCUCAUACACGUUCGUCGUUACUGCUCUGAUCGUCCAUUACGUCGACACAAUCCCUGGCCUCCACAUACGCGUCUCGGCUGAGAGUGAGACAAUCGGUCUUGACGAGGUCGAGAUUGGCGAAUUCACGCACGACUAUAUCGAGGUAUGGCGUGACGUCAUGGAGCCACAUACGGUCCGCCCAAAUCAACGCGGAUCAACAUCCGACACGAUCACUAGUACUACUGCCACUGUCGCCGGUGAUAAAAUCUGCCCACCAAGCCUUUCGCAUACGAAACAAACACGUAGUUUGCACCUUGAGGACAUGAAUCUUGAUGACACGGGUGAGAAGCCCGUUGAACUGGAGGUACUGCGGAGAGACAAGGCGAGGAUCUCCAUAAUUGCAUGAGGAUAUGUGGAUUCUGCAGUGAGUGAACACAUAUCCCGAAUCUACCUUCGUAUAUCACUUCUUUAUUGUCAUCAUAUUCUUGUGUACACCAGGAGUGUUCGCCCUCUUUCUUUGAAUCCCAUUUAUUGCCAUCUGGGGUCGUUGACGAACAAAUAUCAUGCCUCACGUCACUUGCACGUCACCCCCAGCGAACUGAAUACGAAACUGACAUGUCUUAUUUCUGCACGAUUUACUUCUUAUCUACAAUUAGAAUCAAUAUAUUGUUUCUAUCAUACA